GGGGCAGUAUAAAAAUAAAAUGAUUAUUCAGGGGUUUGACCGCAGCUAUUGAGUGCGAGUAUCUAUCAGAGUGUUGAGUGCGAAAAUCGGCAGCAUUAAUUAACUUAAAGCCACCCAGCGGAACAAUCACAAGGUUCAACCAUGGCUGCUGCUCUGGUGUCUUUAGCUCGCGGUCCUGUGAGGAGAGGCAAACUGCUCUCAUCAGCAUAUCGUCUGUCGUCUACUUUUCCAUCCCAUGCUACGAGUUUCGUGCGUGUGCAAAAAAGAAGAGCAUUUACUUUGACGAUUGUGGAUUCAGGGUUCAAGGAAGUACCAGAAGAAGAAAAGAGCAAAUUUGUUGGAAAUGUAUUUACCAGUGUUGCUCCAAACUAUGAUCUCAUGAACGACUUGAUGAGUGGAGGACUACACAGGCUAUGGAAGGACCAAUUUGUAUCCAAAUUGAACCCUUUUCCUGGAAUGAAGCAUCUCGAUGUUGCUGGUGGGACAGGAGAUGUUGCAUUCAGGAUUCUUGAAAAUGUCAAGGGUAUAAAACGCAGAGCCCUCCAAGGUAUCUUUGAUGAUAAUGUGAUUAACGAAACCCAAAUUUAUGUAUGUGACAUCAACCCUAACAUGUUGCGAGUUGGUAAGAAGCGGGCUCAGGAAAGAGGCAUUGCGGAUGACAAAUCACUCAUUUGGGUCGAGGGAGAUGCUGAAGCCUUGAACUUUGGGAACAAUUCCAUGGAUGGAUACACAAUUGCCUUUGGGAUUAGGAAUGUUACUCACAUAGAAAAGGUUCUUUCUGAAGCUUAUAGGGUGCUCAAGCCAGGCGGAAGAUUCCUUUGCCUUGAACUAAGCCAUGUUGAUGUCCCAAUUCUUAAAGACCUGUAUGAUUUCUAUUCAUUCUCAAUCAUCCCAACAGUUGGUGAGAUUGUGACUGGUGAUCGUGAAUCUUAUCGGUACUUGGUUGAGAGUAUCCGCCGUUUUCCAACACAGGAAAAGUUUGCUGGGAUGAUUGCUGAAGCAGGAUUUCAAAAUGUAGGGUAUGAGAAUCUCGUGGGAGGAGUUGUUGCUAUUCAUUCCGGGUUCAAGUUUUGAAAUAAUUUGGAAACCUAUAAAUCGUUGCUUGACUUUUUUAAAAUUCACACAGAAGCUUGUGUACAGAAGAUCGAGUUUUAAGGUUAAAUAGAGGUUUCUUCUGGAUACAUUCCCCACCCAGGACCUGACUGAGCUACCCUUGAGGGCAGGGUAGUGUGUCCUAUUGUAUUCGGGAAUGUAUGCAUCUCCUCCGUUCAUGAAACUUUUUACUCUUUCAAUAGGGCGGACUACAUUGUUUUGCACAAGAAUCUCACUAGCCCUCAUGUCACUCACUUAUAUAUAUAAUAGGUUGUUUACUUUGUCCUGCACUCAUGCAUGUGACUAGUAGGCUCGUGACAAGAUUUUGUUUGUGAAAACUAUUUUUGUUAACCGCACACAUGCCAAU